GUGAGAAUUGGACAAAUUGAUAGCCAAUGUUCCUGCUUAGAACCCACCACUUCCCCUUUAAUCUCUAUCAUUGGAUCUCUUUUAAGUUUCACCAACACUUUGCUUUCUUUUUUAUUUUUUAUUUUUCUUUCUGAAUCAAUCACCAACCUUUUCUCUUUCAACAAAAAGACCUAAAAAAUGCUUAUAGAUUCUUCAAAGCUUAAAUUCCGUGAUCACCAUCGUUUUCCAAAUUCUUAUCCCUUUUAAUCCUGGUGCCCUUGAUUUCGUUCUCUCUUGUCCUUAACAUGGUUUAUUUCCUUCCACUUCUGUCUACUCUCUUCUUCCUCUUAAUCUCAGCUUCUUCUUCCCAAUCCACCGAGCUUUUCUUUCCAGGAUUCAAAGACGCAAAUCCCAACAACUUCAUAUUAACAGGACUUGCACAGAUUGACAAAAAGGGCAUUUUACGCUUAACCAAUGACACCAGUCGUUUAGUGGGUCACGCUUUUUAUAGCUCUCCCUUCAGAUUCAAGAACUCAACUAAUGACCAAGCUUUUUCCUUUUCUACCUCCUUUGCUUUGGCUAUAGUUCCUGAGUAUCCAAAGCUAGGUGGCCACGGCCUUGCUUUCACAAUCACCACUUCUAAAGAUCUCAAAGCACUUCCAAGUCAGUAUCUAGGAAUCCUCAACGCAACUGAUAUCGGUAACUUCUCAAACCAUCUUGUUGCAGUUGAGUUCGACACCGUUCAGGAUUUUGAGUUCCAGGACAUCAACGACAACCAUAUUGGCAUCGACAUCAACAGCUUGGUCUCAAAUGCCUCGGUUCCUGCCAGCUACUACACGGAUGGUUCCACAAAGCAAAAUCUUACUCUCAAGAGUGGAAAAGCAAUCCAAGCUUGGAUCGAUUAUGAUUCAGUUGAAAACGUCAUCAAUGUAACGGUCGCACCAAAUUCUACAAGACCAAGAUUGCCGAUCUUGUCUUUCCAUGUAGAUCUUUCACCGUUUCUUCAGGAGUUUAUGUACGUUGGUUUCUCAGCUUCAACAGGGUUACUUGCUAGCUCGCAUUAUAUUUUAGGCUGGAGUUUUAAAAUCAAUGGACAAGCUCAGGCUCUUGAUCUAUCUUCUCUGCCUUCGCUUCCCGGACCACCAAAAAAGCAUACAGCUUUAACAGUUGGUGUCUCAGUUUCUUCUGUCAUUCUUGUCAUAAUUGCUCUAUCCAUUGCCAUUUAUUUCAUUAUCAAAAUCAAGAACGCCGAUGUGAUUGAAGAUUGGGAGCUGGAGAUCGGACCACAAAGAUACUCUUAUCAAGAACUCAAGCAAGCAACCAAUGGUUUCAGUGACAAAACCUUACUUGGACACGGUGGUUUUGGUAGAGUUUACAAAGGAACGCUUCGAAAUUCAAAGACUGAAGUUGCUGUCAAGCGAAUUUCUCAUGAAUCAAAGCAGGGUUUGCGUGAAUUUGUAUCAGAAAUUGCUAGUAUUGGAAGGCUUCGCCAUCGAAACUUAGUUCAGUUAUUGGGAUGGUGCAGGAGAAGAGGUGAUCUUCUUAUUGUUUAUGAUUUCAUGGCUAAUGGCAGCUUAGAUAAGCUUUUGUUUGAUGAGCCUAAAACAAUCCUGAAUUGGGAGCAGAGAUUCAGGAUUAUAAAGGAUGUAGCUUCUGGUCUUCUCUAUUUACAUGAAGGCUAUGAACAAAUUGUAAUUCAUAGAGAUGUUAAGGCCAGCAAUGUGUUAUUAGAUGAUGAGUUGAACGGAAGAUUAGGAGAUUUUGGCCUGGCAAGAUUGUAUGAACAUGGUUCAAAUCCGGGGACAACUCGGGUGGUUGGGACGUUGGGGUAUCUGGCACCAGAGCUGCCCAGGACAGGAAAGGCCACAACAAGCUCCGAUGUCUAUGCUUUUGGUGCACUCUUGCUCGAGGUUGCUUGUGGGCGUAGGCCCAUCGAGCAAAAGGCAUUGCCAGAGGAAUUAGUGUUGGUUGAUUGGGUAUGGGAGAAGUUUAGGCAACGGAGGAUCCUUGAUGUGGCAGACGCUAGGCUCGGUGGCCAAUAUGAUGAAGGUGAAAUGAUGAUGGUGCUUAAAUUAGGCCUAAUUUGUACAAAUGAUGCGCCUGUGGCACGGCCUACCAUGAGGCAGUUAGUGAGGUAUCUUGAUGGAGAGGCUGAAAUACCGGAAAAUUUGAGGCCACCGGGGGCAUUUGAAGGAGGGAAGGGUUUCACAGAAGGGUUUGAUUCUUUUUUGCAUUCAUUCGCGUCCUCAUCAUUUGAUAAAAUGAGCUCACAUUCAUUCAUGGAAAAUGGUAAUGGUGGUACUGGUUUGGCUUCUCUUUCAACCUCUCCACUUUCCCUUCUUCGAGAAACUAGAUAGUGUAAUACGUUUGAAAGAGUGUUUUUCUUUUCUAAUUUUUUCGAGGGCUGUGCUUGUAGUAUAUGCAAAACUGUGGAAAAUUUUAACCAAAAGGGCAAAAGACAGUGAUACUUCAACGAGGUUUUCUGUUCUGACAAUGUCUGGCCAAAUGUUUGAUGGGUUUUUCCUUUAUUUUCAGUUGUGACCUCCUCUUUUUUUGUGUAGUGAAAAAUCCUAUGUCCUUGUAUGUUGUAUGGGCAUUAUUGUCCCAGAUGAAAUUAGAAAUUAGUUCACUUAAUACCAUAAGAGA